AUGGUGCAGAGCCGCGUUGCAUUUGGCAGUUCGCGAGAAAGGCCGACACAACUCUCGCGAAAGGCGGCGGCCCGUACGACGCGGAGAAAUUCUUCAUCGAUUCCAUUCUUCCUUCCAAAAAGAAACGACACGGACUGGGUAACGCUGGCCGAUGGCAUGGCCGUUGCCGACGACACUCUCUGGCGGUGGGCGGGCGGCGUGGAGGGCGGGCUUGUCAACCAGCGGACUGGCGGGCACAUCAACUACCGAGGCGAGGGCCUCGUGCGCGGCCACGGCGACAAGCCGCCGUUCCGUGCGGCCGCAGCGGGGCGUGGCACCCGGCUGCACCGCGUGCCAAUCCGCGCUGACGCCCACCGCCAGGACGCUCCGCCGUGCGAGCGGCCGCCGGCGACGUUUGCGCUGCGCUUUCACUGGUACGCGCGGCUGCGGCCGUGGGAGCACUUUGUGCCCGUGGCGGAGAACCUCGCCGACCUGCCCGCCCGCGUGCGCUGGGCCUCGGACCACCCGGAGGAGGCGGCCGCCAUCGGCGCGCGGGGGCGCGCGCUCGCCGAGUCGCUGCACGAGCUCGAGCUCGCUUGCUACUGGUGGCAGCUCCUCACGGCCUUCGCGCCGCUUCAGUCGCACCUCCCUCGCCGGCUGGCGGCGAGAGCGUGA